AUGACAAAAGCUACUACAUCCACUGAGGAUCCAAGCAUUUGGUUACAUCUGGGAGAUCUCCCAGGCUACACCGGCUGGGCACGCCCAUUUGAGACGCUUGCAGGGUCGUUUGGUCCGCCCAGCUUUUGGCCAUCCAAUGCAAGUUGGGUGGUGGGAAAGAAUGCUACCAUUCGUGUCCAUUGCAUUCCUUCCAUAGCUCAAACCUCCCGUCAUCAAGAUCAUUUUUGUCAGCAUGGAGGGUCUCUCUUCUACCUUCGGGCCUAUGGUCCAGCUGUGCUACCAGGUCGUGUGAUGGAUUAUGGAAAUGGGACCUACGACAUUUCCUUUUUUCCAAUGGAUGCCGGAAUUUACCACCUGGAGGUUGUUCUAGCUUUCUCUUCACCUCCACCUUUCACUGCAUUUCCUCUUUCAUUGGAUCGGAAAGAAGAGCCCGCCUACGAAGGGUAUCCGUUGCCAGGAUUUCCAGUGGUGGUUGAUGUACAACCAGAGUCUAUUCCAACCAGUGUUGUUAUGAAAGCAAGAGACUGCCAAUCCGCGGACUUUUUCUGGAUCGGCAAUGCACGAGGACCACACCCUACUGAGAAUGGUCGGUGGAUUGUACAAGACAAGGCCACAUCCGCCACUGGAACAAAAUCAAGUCGAUCCAGCAAACAGGGUGGUGGUGUCUCGAUGGGUGGCUACCAAAAAGGUUUGAAUUCGGUGGGAGUGCGCAUGAAGUAUGCUCCCCGGCAUUGCAGACUGCUUCCUUUGAACCGAGCUAUCGACAAACUAGGUUGUGCAAGCGGCCACAACAUUCAUGUCAUCUACAUUGGCGACUCCAACUUGCGUCUACAAAAAAACACGUUUGAUUCCUUUUGGAAGACUGUCAGCUCUAAGGCCGCCGCCAACAACGAUUCUGGGCUACCUCACAUUGAAACCAGCCUGAUAUCUUUGCAUGGAGGUCUUCACCAAACUCUGCCAAAUGUCUCCCUUGCCCUUCGGGGCAUCUUGCACAAUGCAACCAGCACGGACUCCAAAAAGACAGCAACGGCGCACAUGAUACUCUUCAACUCGGGUCUACAUGACAUUUCACGUCGCUGUGCAAUGCCCAAUGGACACGAGCUGCUUAGCAUGAAUCUUUCCUGCACCCAAGACUACAAAAAUUCCUUUCGAGCACUGCUGAGCCUUGUAUCACAGUUUCCGGCGGACCUCAAGGUACUCCAAACAACGACAGCUGGAUGGCCCAAAUAUGGCAACUUUGGUUUCGCUUGGCCGCCUACCCAUCCACAAACCCUGCCUCGCGAUCCCAACUUUGUGGACCAUUUCAACUGUGUCAUGUUACAAGAAGUUGUCAACGCACGUACAGGUACACCGCGUGCGGCAGGCAGCUUUGGCAACAGCAACAGUGCAAUUUCGGUGAUGGAUGCUUUCUGGUUGACACUGUCUCGACCAGAUCAUCGAGAGGUGGACAAGACGAAUGCGAUAGGAAAGCAUCUGGUGCAUCCCGGACCGGAAGUGCUCAAUGCGCUGACCCGUCAAUGGAUCACAAUGAUCAUUGAGAGCCUUUGUGGCGGGGCUUCCGUUUAGAAGAGGAUGGAGAAAAGACAGAACGGCUACGGUACGUUGGUGCCCCGAGUGAUCUGCGAGCACACUGGUACUGUCGUGAAUCCAAUCUACACUU